UUUCUGCCUGGCAGAGAGAGCUGACCUCCCUCUCCACCCAGAGGCAGUCUCUUCAGACCAUACACACCUGGUGUGUCCUGGAGUCAGCAUGGUGACCAGUGUCCAGGCCUCUACCCUGAGGAGUCUCCCUACUCUCUGCAUCUUCAUGGCCCUGGUUUUCAGCUCUGUAGAGAGUUACACGUGUACGGAAUGCACUGGGAACGCAUGUCAGUCUAAACCGGAGACCUGUGAGGCCUCUCAGGGCUGCUUCAAUAAUAAGCAACAGUUUAGCCAACCAGGUAUUUCACCAAUAAUUACACAGGAUAAAGGCUGCUUUUCACGUGCGUGCACUCCCCUGUCCUUCUCUGCCACCGUGAGGACUGGAUGGACAUUUGUGUAUGAGAACCAGUGCUGCAAGAGCGAGCAGUGUAACAAAGCAGACAUCCAACUGUCUCCAGUGUCCAAGGAAGAAAAUGGCAUUGUAUGUCCUGCCUGCUUCUCUGACAAUGGCACGUUCUGUACCCCACAGCCCCUCAAGUGCACAGGGGCAGAGACGAAGUGUGUCGAGGUUACAGGCAAAGGAGUGUUUAAUGGUUUUUCUUCUUUAACGAUGUCUGCUAUGGGUUGUGCAACUGAAAGUGCUUGCAACUUGAAAGACAUAAAUGUAAUACAAACUCCUACAAACAUUUGGACCAAAUGUGAAAAUCCCAUCAGUGAGAGCUCCCAGCUGACACCCAUCAUCUCGUCCACUCUGACUAGUCUCCUCCUGCUCAAAGUCUUGCUUUGAUGACUCAGGGGCUGGCAAGCCUAUCAUCUGACAACCACCAAAUGUGAGCUUCCUUGGGUUGUGGCUUCUCCAACGUCCCCAAAAGGACACAAUUAACAAGCUGAUGCUUACACACACACAUACACACAU